AUGCCUGCCUCACUCGAGCCAAUCCGGCGCUUCAAGUGUACGUACAAAGACUGCAACAUGUCCUUCGAUACCGAGAAGCAGAUGAGGAGCCACAAGAAGCAGUCUGACGAGCACGAGUACUGCCACAAGUGUGAUGAGGACUUUGAAUCUUUCGAAGAUUAUGCCAUGCAUAAGAUUACACGCCCAGUAGAACAUGGUCGUGCAUGCCGUGUGUGCGGGGACGAGUUCAAGAGCAUUUCUGGCCUGAAGCGCCAUAUCGAGCUGAACCACAAGGUUGAUCAGAAGCUUACCUGCAUCGGAUGCCACGGAUCUUUCUACCGUGCUUCUCUGUUCAUUGAGCACCUCGAAUUCGGUCACUGUGAGGUGAUCUCGGCAUCGCAGUUUCAGGGUCACAUCAUUCACAAGCACUUGAUCAACGAGCUCUUGAAAUGCGGCCCGGCACUGGACCGCUUUCGGCAGAAGACGUCCAAGUUCGACGCGGCUAUUGAUUACGAAGAAGAGGGUGGCGUCGUGCUCGAAGAUCCCUUGGACCAUGACCAGGGGAUUGAGGCAGUCGAUUUCAAAGCCAUUGAACCCGACACGACCCUCAACCCAGCCAUGGAUGACCUAUCUUUCAUCCCCAAAGGGGUGCCACGUCCAUCUAGCCCCAGGCUCAAAGCCUGGGUCAGCCGCAAGGAAAAGUCCUCUGCUGCUACUCUGUUCCCCGAUGUGAAACCUAAUCCUCCCAAGGACUUCUCCAUCUCGGCUCAUGACGCUGCCAUGGUGCAGGAGCACGGCAUUAACAUCUUGCGCUCACGCUUCUGGGAUCCCAUGAGCACUGACUGGAACCCCGAGAAGUUCUAUGAUGCCAUUGUGGGCAAAUACCACUGCCCUUUUAUCUGCGAGCAAACUUUUGACUGCGUCGGCGACCUCAACAAGCACAUUCUCGGUGAACACCGCGUCACACACAUGAAGUGUCCCAAGUGUCUCAAGUACUUCAACAGCGCCACGGCACUCAUGUCUCACUGCGAGUCUCAAGGUGCUCGCUGCCAAAUCAACAAAGCAGAUGAUUUCAACAUCUUCCUCGAUCGACUGACUGGCGGCUUUCUCAGCGUUGAAGAAAAGACUCGGCCUGACCACUUGAACACGAAGAAUGUGCUGGUGAGGAACGAUGAGACGGGACACAUGGAAAUGUACAGGCCGCCUGUUGCUAGCUACCUCGAGUACAAGGUUUCAACACCUCCGGAUUGGAAGGGCACAGCUGGUUCAACUGUGCAGAUUGGGGGUCCCCCACAGACUUCGCAGUGGUAGGGUGGAUAGGCUAGUGGCGGCUUGGAAGUAAGUAAGGAAUAGAUCGUGGGUAUGCAAAAAAAGGGAGGGGGGAGGAGUAACAGGGGAUGGACAUGGGGAAAAAAGUACUCGAUACGUGUACUUUGGUGAAAUAGCUUUAGUCUCUUCACCUUCCAUUCGUUACACUUGAAAAGCGACAUGCA